GAUGAAGGUUCAAACAGUGCGUGGUCCGGUGGACCCAGAGCAGCUAGGCUACACACUAACGCAUGAGCAUUUCUCGCUUAACUUCGAUAAGAUGUACUCGGCUCCACCGGAUGCGGUGGAGGAGUACGUCAGUAGGCGCAUUACGCUGGAAAACGUUGGCUACGUGAAGCAGUAUCCGUACGGUAGUCGGUACAACAUAAACUUUGAAGAUUUCGACACACAUCAGGCGGUGACGAAAGAUGUGGUGGCGUACAAAAAGUUUGGUGGAGGAUCGAUCGUCGAGAACACAUCGCACGGCCUCGGGCGCAACCUGAAGCUGAUGUACGAUGUGUCGAAAGAAGCGAACGUGCAUGUGAUCGCCGGCACGGGCCACUACAUCCAUGCGAUGCAAGAUGAGGCAACGCACGGUAUGAGUGUCGAGCAGAUGACGGACCUGUACACGAAGGAACUGCUAUUUGGUGUGGAGGUGCCCGGAUUGGACGAACCGGUCAAGUGUGGCUUUAUCGGUGAGGUUGGAAGUGGUUGGCCGAUUACGCACUUCGAGCGCAAUGCUAUUCAAGCGACGGCAGAAGUGCAAGCCGCAAUCGGUUGUGGUGUUUCCUUUCAUCCGGGACGCGAGCGGGAUGCUCCUUACGAGAUUGUGCGGUUGUACCUAGAGGCGGGUGGUAAUGCGUCCAAGUGUGUAAUGUCGCAUCUGGAUAGGACGCUUUUCGAGGAUGAAGAUUUGCUGGAGUUUGCCAAGCUGGGUACGUACCUGCAGUUUGAUCUGUUCGGUACGGAGUGUUCGUACUAUCAGCUAAAUCCGGAGUCGUACAUGCAGUCGGAUGAGCAGCGGAUUCAGAAGAUUAUGCGCCUUAUUCGGGAGGGUUACGAGGAGCGCAUUCUGAUGGCACACGAUAUCCACACCAAGCAUCGGCUGACUUCAUUCGGAGGACAUGGAUAUAGUCACAUUCUGAACAACGUACUGAUGCGGUUCUCGCUGCGGGGCAUCGACAUUAAAACGGUGGACACGAUGACCAUCAGCAAUCCGGCACGUUGGUUAGAGAUGAAGGUUUAGCAUUCACAGAGU